UCACAAGACCAACCAUAGACACACUUUUAUCAAUAAUUUGUCUUCUGUCAUCAGCUGAUAGAGAAGGGAGUAAAAAUCCUGGAUUUGGGAUAAAACGCUAGUAUUUUCCUAAAUUAAUAUGUCUGGGAAAGAUAAAUUAGCGAUCUUCCCUUCUCGGGGUGCUCAAAUGUUAAUAAAAGGCCGUCUGGCUGGAGCAGUUAAAGGACAUGGAUUACUGAAAAAGAAGGCAGAUGCCUUACAAGUCAGAUUCCGUAUGAUUUUGAGCAAAAUUAUCGAGACAAAAACUCUUAUGGGCGAGGUGAUGAAAGAGGCUGCGUUCUCAUUAGCCGAGGCCAAGUUCACAACCGGUGAUUUCAACCAAGUGGUUCUUCAGAAUGUAACCAAGGCACAGAUUAAAAUUCGCUCCAAGAAAGACAAUGUUGCUGGUGUAACACUACCAAUAUUUGAGUCAUACCAAGAUGGGUCAGACACAUAUGAGCUAGCCGGUCUAGCCAGAGGAGGACAACAGCUGUCCAAGCUGAAGAAGAACUUCCAGAGUGCAGUGAAGCUGCUGGUGGAGUUGGCGUCGCUGCAGACCUCAUUUGUGACCCUGGACGAGGUCAUCAAGAUCACCAACCGUCGUGUCAACGCCAUUGAGCAUGUGAUCAUCCCUCGCCUGGAGCGCACGCUGGCGUACAUCAUCUCCGAGCUGGAUGAGCUGGAGCGCGAGGAGUUCUACCGGCUGAAGAAGAUCCAGGACAAGAAGAAGAUCAUCAAGGAGAAGGCUGAAGCGAGAAAAGCUCUUAUGCUCCAAGCCGGCAAAGACGUGCGCGAUAUCGCCAACUUACUCGACGAGGGUGACGAAGACUUGCUCUUCUAAGCACGCGCCAUUGAAACUUCCGUAUAACCUGUUAGUAGUGAGCAGUCAAAUUGGAGCCAAUGUUUGAUCCACUUUAAAAAACUCAAAUUCAAGAUGAAGCCAAUGUUUGGUCCAACAUUGUCUUUGUAUGUUUAUGCAAUUGCAAAUAAUAGAAAUGCGACAAUGUGCGUAAAUUAUAUGAUUUCAUAUUCUUUAUUUAUUAUUUACUGCGAUUAAGCACAAAUAUUGGAUUGGUAUGUAUGUUGAUAUAAAAUUAAUUUUUCAUUUUAGAUUUAUUUUAACAUUAUUAUGUAAAUGAUAUUUCUGUAUUUUUCGGAAUAUGUAUAUUUUUUUUUGGAACUUGCUAUAUGAUAUAUCGUUAUAAGAUUGUCAUAUCUGUCGUAUGUUUUUUUUAUAUUUAAACAACAUAGUUGUGCAAUAAUUAUGUGUGGAUAUUUUUAAUGGGCUUGCUUUUUGACUGCGUAAUAAAAAUGAUAUUACAGUGUUCAUAGCUGUGUACAUAAUUACAAGUUCAAUGUUAUUCGCUUGAAAUUAUAACUUAUUUUUUGCGUUUUGGUUUAAAAUCAAUUAUAUUAUAGGUUUUAUUUACAGUAGAUGUCUAAUGUCCUAUAUUGUAAGCAUUCCAGCUGUUUUCUUUUAAGUGAAAUAUAAUUAAUUCGCUUUUUCUUUAAUAAACUAAAAUAAGAUAAAAUGUUACUAAGUUCAAACAAAAUAAUAAAGAUUGUUAUUUGAUAACAAAUAAAAUUAAAAUACCCGCAUUUUUAUUUUUGAACAUUGACAUCAAAUAUUAUGAUACAUACUGUCAUAGAAUGUAUUAGAAAUUAUAAAAAUUGUUUUCCUAUGUCCAUUACUAUGAAAUCUCACUUUGCAAUUGUUUUAAAUUUACAAGUUUAGCUUUGGUCUAAGCAUUUACGACAAGGUAUAUAAAAUGGACAGUGGUUUUACUUUGUUGGAAAGAAAUAAAUAAAAAAACGUUUAUUUUGAAAAUUGUACCACACAUAACAAUACGUUACUUACGUUCACUUGGCGUAAUGUCACCAUCUUUCUGUGGGUUGUCGAAGUAUCAAAAAUGAUUUUAGAUGGCGUUUGUCGCUCGUGGAUUUUAGCGAGUUGACUGUGAGAUUUCAUAGUUGGGAUUGUGUAACGUUGACUCAAAAAUAUAUUUUAUUUAUUUACGAGCGAAUUUUUAUAUGUAUAUGAAUAAUAUUAUAGUAAUUAUGUAAUUUGCAACAAAAUAAAUAUAGAAUUUGGCGUGUUUGUGCAUUGAAUAUGUAGGUCAAAUAGACGGAAUUUCGUGUUUAUGGUUUUUAGGCUUGUUCAUAAUGUCGCCAAGUAUAAAAAUAAAGCAAAUGAAGUAUUUAACUGUAUUCUUUUUGAAUUGUUGUUCGAUAUAGAUUUUAAGUAAACAUGUAAAUACAAGUUGAUGAAAUGAUGUAAUAAAUGAAAUAUUAUUAUUGAUGAAA